AUGACCGAUAAACAAGAAACAACACAACCAGCUGAAAAGCUGCAACAGCCUGAAAAGGUGGCAGAGAACGUCGACCCCAGUCUCGAACUCAAUAAGACUAAGGUCAAUUUUACACCGGAAAAGACUGAUGUCAACACCUACAAGUUCUAUCCUGAUGAUCCAGAAUCUACGUUGAACAGAUACAGAUUUGCAGUGAAAGGUGCUUCUGAAUACUACGACCCAUGCCAGGAAUCAUCUAAAAUGUCUUUCAAGUGCCUUGAAUUAAACAACUACGACAGAGACCUAUGCCAUGACUAUUUCGACGCUUACAGAGAGUGUAAAAAGCAGUGGUUGAAGGCCAGAAGAGAGAAAAGAGAAUUUUGGGAAUAA